UUCGGGGUUCUUGAGGGAAAAACAGUUGCAUAAUUCCCCGGCGGCGAGCAGAGAUCCAUCCACCAGUAGAGUAGCUGCACAUACAUAUAGUUGCUAAAUUGCAACAUAUAUUGCCGAAUUGAAAGAAAAGUUAUCUGUGCAGGCGAUGGCUCUCAAAUUUUUAAACAAGAAAGGCUGGCACACGGGGAGUCUCCGGAAUAUUGAGAACGUAUGGAAGGCGGAACAGAAACAUGAAGCGGAGCAGAAAAAGUUGGAGGAGCUGCGCAAGCAGAUCCAGGAGGAGAGGGAGCGAUCUGAGUUCCGCCUCCUCCAAGAACAAGCUGGUCUCGUCACCAAGCAAGAGAGGUUGGAAUUUCUGUACGACUCCGGAUUAGCUGUUGGGAAGGGCAAUUCUUCAGGAGGAUUUAAGGCUCUUGAAUCCUCCUCUCUGAAGACUGAUUCUGGGACUGCUCCCUCCUCUGCUACCUCCUCUUCUACCAAGCAAUCAUCUGUUCCUGGAGCCCUAUUUGAGGAAAAACCACAAUCAGCCAAUGAUGCAUGGAGGAAACUCCAUUCAGAUCCUUUGCUUUUGAUCCGUCAGCGGGAGCAAGAAGCCCUUGCUCGUGUUAAAAAUAACCCUAUUCAGAUGGCUAUGAUCCGCAAAUCAGUUGAAGCUACAAAGAAUAAGAAAAAGACUCAUGACGAGGAUGAUGAUAAGGCACACAAAAGGAAGCAUCAUCACAAGAAGAAGCAUGAGAAGCAAUCAUCAUCUGGGCACCAUUCUGGCUCAGAAAAUGCUGGUUCAGAAAAGAAAAGAAGAAAGUCUAGUGGCCACAAAGGUUCGCGUAGUAUAUUACCGAGUUCAGAAGAAGAAACUGAUUGGGACAUUGAGAGGAAGAGAAUAUCUAAAAAAUCUACGCACAAAGAACAUGGGCCCGGUUUCUUACUGGAGUCAACAACUAAGAAAAAUGUCAGACAACAAAGAGGAAAAGGGAUUCAGAAUGAUUUUCAGCAUGAAGAAACUUGUUCCGCAGGAUACAUGGACCCUGUUCCCAUGAACCAGGGAAAAAGAGAGCGAAAAAUUCCUCAAAGCAAUGUUGGUGAUUCUUCUGAUACUGUAAGAAGGAAUGAGGCAAUCAACAGGCGUCGAAAUCCUGUUGAACUUUCUGAAGAAGAGAGAGCUGCAAGGUUGCAGGAGAUGCAGAUGGACGCGGAACUCCACGAGGAGCAGAGAUGGAAACGUCUAAAAAAGGCAGAGGAAAAUGAUGCUCGGGAAGCUGUUAGAGCAGGGAUACCCAAGGGUAGUAACUUCCUGGAUGCUGUUCAAAAAAGCGUCUAUGGUACGGACAAGGGUGGAUCAGCAACCAUAGAAGAGAGCGUCCGUCGGCGAACACAUUAUUUGCAGGGCAGAUCAGAAGCCACAGAAAGAAAUGCAUUUCGCCGAUAAGAAGUUUUAGUGCAAGAAAUAUUGGCUUCAUUUAAGAUGCGCUUUUUAUCGGGCUUUUUAAAGAUAAAUGGUUACUGUAACAAGUUUUUUGGAUAGAUGUAUAUAUAUUUGUGCAUGAUGAUAAAAAGAGAUGAUCGGACAAGGUGUUUGGAGUUUUCUAAAAAUGUGAACUUGAAAAACAGUUCAGAGACUUUAGAAUGUGUCAUCUUAUCUCCUAAGAAUAAAAAUUCUGAAGAGAAUUAGCGGCUCA